AAAAAAAAUUGAAAAAUCCCUAAUGCUCACUCUCUCUCUCUAGAUUUGUUUCUCUCUCUAAAAAAAGAAAUGGAACCUCACGAAAGUCACCAGCAGCAGCGUCUCAGCUCUCCUUACUUCCACCACCACCUGCAACACCACCACCAUCCAUCCACCGUUUCUUCCGGAAACGCCGUUCCACCUCCCAACAAUGGUCUUUUUCCGCCGCCGCCGCAGGCUAACGAUGGGUCCUCCUCUCACGCCGUGCAUCCCCACUCCUCGGCGGUAACGGCGCCGUCUGAGCCGUUGAAGAGGAAAAGAGGUCGUCCGAGGAAGUACGUGACGCCGGAGCAAGCCCUGGAGGCGAAGAAAAUGGCGUCCGCCGCGAGCAGCUCGUCUGCUAAGGAGAGGAGAGAGCAAGCGGCUGCGUCGUCUAGUGCCGGGCCAUCGAAAAAAUCUCACCUUGGCUCCGUCGGGAAAACUGGGCAAAGCUUUACUCCGCAUAUCGUUAACAUAGCUCCUGGUGAGGAUGUGGCUCAGAAGAUUGUGAUGUUUGCACAGCAAAGCAAGCAUGAGCUAUGCGUUCUAUCUGCAUCUGGCACCAUCUCUACUGCAUCCUUGCGUCAGCCAGGAGGCAACAUAUCUUAUGAGGGUCAUUACGAGAUUAUCUCACUAUCCGGAUCAUUUAUCCGAUCUGAACAAGGUGGGAAAACCGGUGGACUUUGCGUUUCUUUAUCUAGAUCUGAUGGUCAGAUCAUCGGCGGAGCUGUUGGGACUCACUUGACAGCUUCUGGUCCGGUUCAGGUGAUUCUUGGUACGUUUCAGCUUGAUAGAAAGAAGGAUGCUGCAGGGAGUGGUGUGAAAGGGGAAGCUUCCAACAGCGGAAGUCGGUUAACUUCUCCCUCUAGCACUGGACCUGGACCGGGUCCUGGACCGUUGCUUGGCAUGGGCUUCCGUUCUGUUAUGGAAUCUCCUGGUAGAAAUCCAAUGAGGGGAACCGAUGAGCAGCAUCAUCAUCACCAUCAACAUCAACAAACCGGUAUGGGUGGAUCUCAUCAUUUCAUGAUGCAAGCGCCGCAGGGAAUGCAGAUGACACAUCCCCGGCCAUCUGAAUGGGGAGGAGGAGGCAGCAGUGGUCAUGACGGUAGAGGUGGUGGCGGUGGGUAUGAUUUGUCAGGACGUCUAGGACAUGAGUCGUUUGAGAAUGGAGAUGACGAGCAGCAAAUGCCGGAUUAGCUUCCAGAGACGUGUGUAGGGUUUAGAUCCAAAUUAGAAACUGAAGCCCUGAGAAAGAAUCUGAACUGAGAGAGAGAUAUGACUUAAAAAGACAGAAUCUUAUCUGAAGUGUUUUCACCAGAGAUAAUAGAAGUUGAGUGAUGCUUUUUGUUCUUUCUUGGUUAAUAUAUGUAUAAACUCCACAGCCUUUUUUUCCUGCUUCUCUUUCAUUUCAUUCCUUUUCUUUUCUCACUCUUUUCUUCUCCUAUGUUUAUAUAGUUUGUUAUUGUUUUGCUCA